GGGUGUGUGGAUAAUCCGAAAUAUGCAGACAUUUGCCCAUCUAUUGCCACGUGUGGACAAUUCUGUAGCAAGAACCAAGUAUGGGCGAAGAAAAACUGUCCUAAGUCCUGCAACAUGUGUCCUCCUGGUAUGUUUCAUACUGAUAGCUGAAUUCUUAGUGGAAAUACAGCCAACUUUCUUUAUUUCUUCUUUAUUCCUGCCGUUUUCAGUUUUCUUAACUCUAAUUAAGACGGACACAAGUCCCUCAUUUGCCAGCGCUAACGAUUUUUGCCUAGUACCCUUACAGACGGUUGUCGGUAUCUCAAGUUACUGAGCAGGCUCGUGUGCAUUUUAUAAAGUUGUUAAUUCAAGUCAUUCCAGAAAGGUGUCACUGCCGAAAAGUGACAAUACCCAAGAGCAUCAUGGGUAGUUAUUGAUUCACAACGUACGCGCGUAUCAGGGGUUUAUUUAGAUUCUCAGAUCUAGAUGAUGUUACAGACUACCCUACUGAUCUUGUGGCGUAUAUUGUUACCCUUUAAAAAGAAAAAAUUUCUCCAAUGAGCUGUAUGCAGCUGUAUCAUAGUCAAUGAAUAGGAAAGAGCUAAAUAUAGCAUCAUGUUCAAGAUUAGUUGUCCCACACUGGGCCCCUUGUGGAAUGCAUUUUCGAUCGCUUAAACGUUUCAUGUGUGCGAACAAUCCGACAGUACGCUGUCAAUUUUUUGUCUAUCUAUUGCCACCUGUGGAAAUUACUGCAACGAUCACAAAGUAUGGGCUCUCAAAAAAUGCCCAAAGUCCUGCAACAUGUGUCCUCCUGGUAAGUUUAUUACCUGGCAAUACGACUGUUCACUACUGUAGUCUAAUAUCAAUUUUAUUCAGUUUUGUUAUCAGCUAGAACAAGUGCAUUUGAUCACCUACAGACAGAGACAGAGACAGAGACAGAGUGGAACUCAGACUCACUAACCUUCUUCCGAUUUUUUUUCAUCUUACAGUUCUUUGCCUAUGCCUGAUUGAGUAACAAACUGAAAUCCUUUAACGUCACGAUUUAUACCCCCCUAAAAAAUCCGCUAAAAGAAACUGACUAUACAAAUCUUGACUCUUCUUUUCUUGGAGGGGUGCGCGCCCUAAAAUAGCUGUACAAUAACAUAGUUUACUUGCGUAAGGAAGCAACGUAAAGUUGGUUUUGAUAUUAAAAUAAUUUAAACAGGUCCAGCUACACCGGCUCCAUCUGCGUCAUGUGGCAGAUCCCCUGUAACAAGAGUUAUUGGUGGAGUUGACGCGAAACCAGGAAAUUGGCCCUGGCAGGUAAAUGCUGUAAUAACGAAAGGAUUACCCCGGUCACAUAAUUCUUUGUACAUGUAAAAUUUCACGAACAGAAAACCAUGGAAAUACGUAUUUGCCACAAGUAAAAUACAAUGAAACCUCGAUAUAAUGAACCACUAUAUCACGAAGUCCUAGGUAUAACGAACGAUUUUCUUUACCCCAGUGAUAUAUAGUAACAUACAUGAAAAAGAACCUCGAUACAACGAAACUUCGUUAUAGCAAACAAGGUUUUGCCAGUCCCUUGGCUCUUCGUUUUAUUGAGGCUUCGCUGUACGUACUUCUUUAAGUAGAUGAGUUUUACAAAGUGUCACUGAAGCUACAAAAAAGGCAAAAGGCUUGCAUGUGCAUCUGAUAUAGCACCUCGAGUUUAAAGUAAACAAGUUUGGGCUGCCUUCCUCUUUUUUCCGAUAUACUUGAGUAUUAGCUGGAUAAACACUCUCCCCUUUUCUUGCUUGAUAUUUCACUUUCGAUUAUUUCUUAUCUGCGUUCAUUUUUUAGUAGAAUAUAAAUGCCAACCCUACAUGAUUUCAAUUUCUCAUUAAUUUUUAAAAUAGUUUUUGGUUUAUAUGCUUUUUAUAUUGUUGCAUAGAUCGCUCUCCUCAGAGGAAGUUCGAAGUCGUUCAGCUGUGGUGGAUCACUGAUCGCUCCUGACUGGGUUGUUACAGCAGCGCAUUGUAUUUCACGGGGACAGUAAGUUCAGUGAAACGCCAUUAAUUAAUACCACCUCUAAAAGGCUUUGAAAAUCUGUCAUUUCAAAUUAGUUACUAAAGGUGGAUAGUGUUGAAGAGGUUACAAAGUGACAUUAGAGUUAUAUUAAGACGAGGUCGGUUUUAUAAAACGUGGGGUUUUAAUAUAACUAGGAGAUCCAUGACUUAAAUUUAAAUUUUAAGUUAAAUUAAACGUGAAAUUCUAACUACGUACUGGCUACUUAGUUAAACUGUCCUCUUCCUUUAAAAUAAGCGCAUCAUUAUAAAGUUUUGGCUUUGAAAAAAGCAAAAGAGCGAAAAAAGGCUAAUAAAUUACUUUUGGAAAAUACUGAGGCCGGUUUGCUACUUGCAGUGGAAUAAAUCCCCGGUUAGGCGAAAUGACGUCAUUUAUGUAGGUUAAGUUGAUUGACUACUUAAACCAGUUUUACGGAGAUCUCUGUCUUUUUAUGAUAACAGGCCAGCUAGUUACUAUACCGUUCGUUUGGGAGAAUACAACCGUCGUGUUUCCGAAGGAAGUGAACAAGAUAUAAAAGCUAAACGUGUUAUAGUUCAUCCUGGAUAUUCUUCAAGUAAGCUCGACAAAGACAUCGCUUUGAUCCAGCUUUCUAAGCCGGCAACCUUAAACAGUCGAGUUGGAACGGUUUGCCUUCCUGUUCAGGACGAAAUGGUUCCCGCAUCCUCUAGAUGCUUUAUUUCUGGUGAGUUGAAAGACAAACUAUGAAUUUUUUUAACCUCAGACAUUCGGGAAAGAGUAAAGGUGCUCACAACCACUAUGCGACACAGUUCGCCCCAUAUAAGGGAAUCUGGAUCCUGGAAUACGGGAAACCUUUGCUUUUGGAAUCCGUAAUCCCGAGCUUUGGAAUCCAGAAUCCAGCUAACGAUUGGAAUCCGGAAUCGAAGUUCCACUGACAGAGUGGAAUCCAGCAUCUGGAAUCUGGAAUUCACUGCUUGGAAUCCAGAAUCCAAGACUGUCUUAGAUUCCCUUAUAUGGGGCGACACAAUUAUAUUUUCACUUGAAACGUCUAAGUUCAUAUUAUAAAUAAAUAGACUUUGAUGCUUUCUAAAAGAAAAUGUAAACUUUAUUAUUGCAUGAAACAGGUAUGACGUCAUCUCCUGUUGACAUGGGAUUUUACUAACAAAACGAUCAAGUUAAGGCACACCUGCCUGGCUUCUAAGAUCAGUGUGUAUUUGAAUUUUCCCCGUUCCCGACGCAUAUUGUUUUUAAACUCCCCGACCACAUGCCACUUAAGGAUGGGCCAUUAGAAAGGUGAAUUCGAAGUGAAGGGGAAAGGGUAGGAAAAAAACAAUACUUUAAAAAUUCACGAGAAAACAUUAUGCAUACAGCUGGAUCGUGCAGAAAAAGCACACAAGCUAAGAAAAAAAAACAAACAGACAAACAACCAUUCACACAGCGAACCAAAACAAACAAGUAAACACGUAAAGCAGAAACAUCCCCAUCCGUUUCACUUUUCUCUCAAGGUAACAGAAAGAACAAAAGAUUUCAUAACAAACUUUUGUAAAAACGCAUGUCUAAUCACUUUUGCAAUUGUAAUCAUGAAAGCACAAAUAAUAAUGCAAAUUUUCUCUAGAUUUUAAAAGUAAAAGGCGGUAUGAGUCUUCGUUGGUUGUAAUCAAAGAAGUCACAAGAGUUAUAAUGGUUAUGUCUGCUGUUAAAUAAUUCUAAUAGGACUGAGUGGAGUCCAAUUCGGUCUGUCCGAUUUCAGUGUAUAAUUACAACCCGAAUUGGACGACACGAAUUUCUCACUAAUUUAAAUCAUAACUAUAACAAAAUUUGUGAUAUUUUAGGCACACAAGAAAUUCCGAGGGUUUUUUCAUUAGACGUGAAGAAAAAGUGCGCGCUUGCGAUGGCGCGCACUGUCCAAUUAUUAUGGACUUUAAGAUCCAACAACAAGACGGCAACGAGGACGUUGCUUAAAAAGAGAAUUUGAGCUCUUUCAGUCUUUAUCGCAAUUAUUCCUACCCACUUACUUUGAGAAACGUAGGCGAACCUUCCUGGAAUUAAAUUCCGAGGGACCAUAUUCAAUUUCAAAAAGAGAAAUAAAAUUUCGUCGUUUUGUUUGUUUAUGUCCUGAAUAAAAUGCGAAAUUAGGCAUUUUCACGUCGGCAAACGGGCAAAGAUAUGUACAAAAAGUGUGAUGCAAGUGCGAAGUUGUUGUUUUGCUUAUAAAACCGAUUGUUUUUUUUUGACGUUCUCGUUACCGUCCGCGUCGUUGGAUCUUAAAGUCCUUAAGUAGGCAUGACGCGUACUGUCUUAUAACACUGUCCUGUUAGUGCUUAAAUCAGGAUAGUUGAUAGCCAAUCAGAUUUGCUAUAGUUAGGAUUAAGACUUAAAUAAUGCGUGUAAACUUACAUUGAAUUCAUUCUUUCUAAUAGGAUGGGGUAAGAUAAAACAUCCUGGAUCUUCCCAUCACAUUCUUCAACAAGCUGAGAUACCACCGUUGACAAAUAGCGUAUGUCAAGCAAAAUUGUCCACAUCAUCAGGUAUACUACACCAAAUACUUGUAGUUUUGAAUUUUUUCAAAAAAAUAAUCAUAUAGCAAUCAAGCGAACUAUGAUUAUAUGUGCUCAGUGUGAGCUGUGAGGACAAAAUGGUUGUGGACAAUUUUCCGCCUUCUUGGUGGGGAAUAGCUAUUGGCUGUUUCGUUCUUUUUUUCUCGUAAUUACCAGUCACCGCGCUAUUCGAAUUCCGUAUUGAGUGGUUGUUAAUAAUGCAUCGUAAAUUUUCUAUCUUAUAUCACCCUUGCCGUAAUCAUAUACGCCCCAGUCAUCUUACUAGAAAACCCCCUUUCAAAGGAAAAAAGCUUAAUAAUUCCCUGAGUGUUGGUUGAAAAUCAAGUCAUUCAUUAAUAAGGUCUGACAAACUUUAUUCAAUCUGAAAUAGUUAUUGAAAGAUUAAUAAAAAAGAAAAGAAAAGAAAAUCGAUGUCCCUCAGAAAAAGGUCAACGUCAAUUUGUUUCACGUGACAAAAUUCUAUUACAUUGGAACCUUAAUAUAAAGAGGGGCCAACGGACUGGCGAAAUUUGUUCGCUUUAACGAGGUUCUUUUUCUUACAAUUUACUAUCACUAGGUAAAGAAAAUCGUUCGUUAUACCGAGGACUUCGUUAUAUAGAGAUCCGUCAUAAGGUUCCACUGUAUUUACUUGUCCUUUACUGCUCAAUCACUUAAAAGAAACAGUUGUACCCCUUAUUAUCUCUUGGUUUCACAUCAGGUUUCCUGAUUGCACUGUUUUAUCCGCUUAUUUCCGUGAUUCUUAACCUGUUGUUAUAAUCCAAUCAAUUAAGCUGAAAUGAAUAAGGUCAGUUUAAUUUACUAGGCUUUAAUAAUUAUAUUUUUAUUUUUUAUUUUUUCUGUAGUUGGAACCUUUCUUAAAAUUACCCCACACAUGCUGUGCGCAGGCAAAAGUGGAACUAUCCUUAGUGGUUGCCAUGGAGACAGCGGUGGUCCUUAUGUUUGUCAAGGAGCCAAUGGAAAUUGGGUUCUACAGGGUGACGUCAGUUGGGGAUCCUCGAAAUGCUCAGCGAAAGAACUAUACACUGUAUUCGGACGGGUUGCUAAGUUCAGGAAUUGGAUCGACCAGACCAUGAAAUCUUAA